AUGCAAAUCUGGUUUCAGGACGUAAUUGGUCCCAUGCUGACGUGGCUUCCGGUGGUGCUGUUGCCGUGGUUCGUGGCCGGAUGCUGCAAGAAGAAGCCGGCCGCCACCACCACCUCAACCGCCGCCAACGUGACGCCAUCGGCCGCCCAGCCACCCGUUGCCCCGGUCGGCUCGUCCACCUCGCAGCAGAAGCCACCGGAGGGCGCCGUCCAACCCCAAGCCUCCGAGCCCGAAGUCCCGAAAGCCGCCGAGCCCGCCAACGAGAAGCCGAAAGAGGAGAAGAAAGAGGAAAAGAAGGAGGAGGACAAGAAAUCCGAGAAGAAGGAGGAAGACAAAAAAUCCGAGAAGAAGGACGAAAAGGAGAAGGAGGAGAAGAAAGAGGAAAAGCCAGAAGAACCGGCAGCGCCAAAGGAGGAGAAGAAGGAAUACCCGGAAGUGAAGGAGCCGACGGCGUCGCAGAAGAAGAAGAGGGCCGACGAGAUAGAGAAGGACAAGAAACAGAAAAUCGCCGCCGGCUUCUACCAAGAAAAGAGCGACGACGACGACACGCUGGAGAAGAUCAAGUCGCUAGAUAUGGAGCACACGGAGAAGACGAAAAAAUCGAUGAAGUCCAAGAAGAAGAAAGAA